AGAGAGGCUUCGAUGGCUAAAGAGUGAGAGGGCAUGCGCAACUUCCCGCGAUAGGCAAAUUGGAAGGACAUUAAGACGCGAGGAUGGUCAUCGUCAGUUCUCUUAUCACCAUCAAGUCGUUAACAGCUAACUCGUUUGCCUGCUGAGGGCCAUUUUCAUAUCCGAUUAACCCAGGUGGAAAAGUGGAAAAUUUGGAGGCCAUUCGAAAAGCAGUAGGCGCUGCGUCGGUGCGAGUGUGUUCGUGUGGAAAGCUUCCCCGCUUGACUGUGUGAGUGUGGAAGCGCAACACUUGGUUUUUCCCUCUCCGCGCUCGGAUGAGAGCGUGAGCAUUUUCCUCCCCCGUUGGCUGACGGCGUGCGGUCAUAAGUCAGGCAGCCCUACCGAAACUAUCCAAAACAAAACCUCCACCACCAACACCACCACCACCCCCUUUCCUGAGAAACGGUUCGGAGAAAAGCCACUAAAAUUGCAACAGCAAUAGAAAUAACAGCUAUGCCUGAAGUGUUGCCACUUUCUGGCAUGGCUGAUGCCGAGCCGGACCUGUCGACGUUCGAGAACAAGUCAGGUCUGGCAGAGGACAUGAAGUUCCUCGCCUCUAUGCCGGAACUUUGCGACGUCACGUUCCUGGUCGGUGAAACCCGGGAACCGGUUUGCGCGGUGAAAGCGGUCCUGGCGGCACGGUCCCGUGUGUUCCAGAAGAUGCUCUACCAGGCGCCGUCCCCCCAGCGGAAGAAGGAACCACCUCCGAGGGAGAACAAAUUGCGGCUCUUUUUGAAGCGAUCGUCGGAACCGUUGCUGAACCUCCAGAAUGCCGCCCAGCAGCCACCGGGUCAGCAGCAUCAGACGCUUAUCAUCGAGGAAUUCGAGCCGGACGUAUUCCGGCAGCUGAUCGAGUACAUCCACACCGGAUGUGUCACACUGCAACCGCGCACUCUGCUCGGUGUGAUGAACGCUGCCGACUAUUACGGGCUUGAAGAGCUUCGGCGAGCAUGUGGUGGGUUUGUUCAGUGCUGCAUUAACGUUGAUACUGUUUGCGCUUUGUUGGCCUCGGCUGAACGCUACAUUCAGUACAAGUGUACCAAAAGCUUGGUACAAAAGGUUUUGGAGUUCGUAGAUGAGCAUGGUAAUGAAGUGCUGAACUUGGGAAGUUUCACGUUGCUACCGCAACAUGUCGUACGUCUUAUUUUGGCACGAGAAGAGCUCCGUGCGGAUGAAUUCACUAAGUUUCAAGCUGCACUGAUGUGGAGUAAAAAAUACUGCGACUCAAAUCAGACUACUCCCCUAAAGGAGGUCAUCGGAAACUUUUUGGAAUACAUCCAGUUUCACAAGAUUCCGGCAAAUGUGCUAAUGCGGGAGGUACACCCGUUGGGGAUCGUACCAUACUCGAUCAUUAUGAAUGCGCUGGCGUUCCAGGCAGACCCAACAAGUGUGGACCCCGGAAAGCUCUCCCCCAACUCCAGUAGAGUAAGGAGGGCACGUCAAUCCCACCAUUCAAAAUCUCUCCCAAAGAUACGCAAAGCCAAGUCCCAGAGUUUCCGCACUCGACGCAGUCCAUCGGAACGAAAAGGUCACGGUUCACCCUCGCCUUGGAAUUUCAAUAUCGACCAACGCAAGAGUCCCGUAAACAGUUUGCAACAACAGAUCCAGCAACAUGUGGCCAGAUCACCUGGAAGUACUUCGGCUCACCUUGAGCAUCGGAGUUCGAUCAGCUCGCAGAAAAGUCCUGCACUGUCUCGCCAGGGUACACUGCGAUCAUCGCAUCGCCGAAAGAGCAGUUUGGGUGCAUCUCUGAAUUUUAACCAAGGUCGCCGCAGCCCUAUCAGUAUGCUAAACGACCGCAGUCCGCAAGGACGUAAGAGCCCUAAUUUACUCAUUACCGACCAAAUGUACACACAAAGCUUCCAGGUUCAUCUGGACCGCAAAUCUCCAACUGCCAUGUCUUUCUCCGGUCGCCGGAGUCCUUCAGGACUACGAAGCCCAUCUGGAUUGCGCAGCCCUUCAGGGCUACAUAGCCCGUCAGGGCUGCGCAGUCCAUCUGGUCAUCGCAGCCCAUCAGGUCUUCGCAGUCCUUCUGGACGUCGUAGUCCGCUAGGUUUCAAUCUGCAAUCCGAAUAUUCUAAUUUGCUGCAGAGUCAGAUAGAUCGAUUCAGUCCAAACUCCCUCAGCAGCCACUCCGCUCAGGACCGCCGAAGCCCCACCACACACCUUCCAUCUACGGAACGUAGCCGAAGUCCAAUUGGCCUCCAGUCCCGAUACGGGGGAAGUUUCUACGGGGAACGAUCGGCACGUACCAGCCCAACGACACUUCCCACUAUCCCUCCAAUUACCAUCUCAAAUCCAUCGGAAACCUACGAAAUUGUACAAAAGUCGAUGGAAUCGCAGCGUAGUCCGCUGAAACCGGACGCUCCGCCAAUACCAUUGUCUACCUCUUCCUUAAAACUAGCUGGUGCCACUACACCUGGUUCCGCCAGUUCAAGCACAACUGCUCCGGAAAAGAAGGAAAAGACGAGUGUCAUGAAGGAAAUUCUGGCAUUCGUGCGAAAACCCUCAAAGAAGGUCACCACUAGGACGAGCAAGUUCGCCGCUGCUUUUUCGCGAGCCGACUCUAACGCUCCUCUUUUACGCCAGAGCACCUUUUCCAGCAUUCAGAACUCAUCGAGUUGCGCGGGUCGCAACGCAAUCACAAAGCAGAUGUCGGAAAUCGGCUUCGAGCCAAUCAUGACUUCUUUGAAGCUGAAAGGCAUGGGAUCAAAAAUCUCGUUGAAGUCUUUGAAGAAGUUCAGUAGUGAAAAAAAGGACAAAAAGUCUAGUGGCGAUGAGAUAAGCGAUGUUGAGAGCAGUGAUGGUGGCAAGAUUUCUGUUGAUACAGGAUAUGUACCAGAGGUGCCAUUCGAGCUGGAUAAUGUGAAGUUUGAAAAAGUUGGCGAGUCCUACAUUAAGCACGAUCAAAUUAAAGAAGAGGAGAGUCCGCGAGGUUCCCAAGAAAGUGAGGAAGCAGACGACGGAAGGCUGAAGAUAACGCCUGUCAGUGAAAUAAAAAAAUCACUGGAAGCUUUGUUCACAAGGCAGGAGCCAAUCGAUGAGGCAGCCGAAGAUAUGCGGAGGGAUUCUGAAGCGGUCCAAUGUCCAACAUUUGAGAUCGAGCCGCCGUCUAGACGAGCAUCGUUCGAUCCUCCUCGCUCGCCUUAUCUUGAGAACUUGAGAAGCUUAAGUGAUACCGAUCAUGAAGGAACUCAUCAUAGCAGGCUGGAUUCCGGAGGUGACAGUUUUGAGCUGAUUGAUACCACCGAUCGUCGCGGUGAGAGCAGCGUGAGUGAUCGACAUUCUUCAAUGGACACGAGUUUCGAUAUUAGCCGAUAUCAAAGCACUAGCUAUGAGGAUCAGAACUCAAGCUUUGAGUUGGUUGAACUGGAUAACUCCCAACGAACUUCGGCAAGAGACGAUAAGAUUUCUCCGUUCGACAUAAGAAAGUCAUCGAUCGAAUUGGUUGACGCAGAGACUUUUCAGCGAUCGUAUCCAGAGGGUAGAAAAUCGUCUUUAGAAACUCACUUUGAUCUUGCUGAAGGAUAUCAAACAUCAAGUCCACGAAAUACGUUUACAGUCGCUCCCAAAGCUCGCAAGCAGAUUUCCGAACCCGGUCGGAAUCGUGAUCAUAAAGGGGCCAUGAAAACUCACUACUCUGCACCGCAUCGUGCCAAAUCGCCUCUUUCGAACCAGACCUCGUCCAAUUACAGUUCUAGAGACAGCUACGACUCGAUUUUUGAGUCGAUGCCCCACUACGAGGUACGUAGUCCAUACUCCGAACGAGAAUCUAAGCAACACUUUCCACUGCCUCGCAAGUCCUCCAACGAAUCCACGUCGCGCUUCCUCUGUACCGAUAAACGUUGUGCCUCAAUCUUUGAACCUCGUCCGGCUCGGCUUUCCUCGACGCACCUGGACACGUCCAGCGGAAGCGAGUUCGAGCCUCCCUCCCCUCGCCGAGCCGCCAGUGCAUCGCCCAAACACACCUUCACCUUCCGGAUCGUGCUGAAGAAGGUGGACAGUUCACCGGACGCCAUUUGCCCGUCAGCCGAACGGCGCAACACCCGGGAGAAGCUGGAGAAGAACAAGCGACGCGACAGUCGCCGCAAGAAGCUGCUGGAAAUUGGGAAAAGUUUCUAAGUAGGCGGCAAACGGGUAUACUGAUUCAUCCAAGUGAGCGCCGCUCUGUCAGAUAGAGUUUGCCUUGCUGGAUGAAAUUGACUCUGAAACAUGUUUUGAAGAAUUUAACGUAUUCACAUUUCAUCUAAAGUAUUCGUGUGUUUUAACAGACUGUUAUUCGUUGUAUUGAUAUCCCAUGUAUUCGAUGAGUCUUGGCCGAUAUUUGUGAGCUGGAAAGGCUGAUAAUGGAGAUUACCAAUGAAAGCUAUCAAAGUAGAAUUCUACAUUCGAUUAUGUGAUCAUUUCCAGCUUUCUUAUUGAGAGUAAGCUCAAUUCCCUUAUGUUAAGGAUAAUCGGUAUUUUAUUGUGGUAAAUCUAAUAAGACAUUUUGACUUCCCUUUCAAACAUUUGAACAUUAAUACAAGAUUAAUAUAAUAUUUCAACUAACUGAAAAAAUUAAAAAAUAGCCCUUAUUAAAAUCCAAUAAAGUUUACAGUCCAUUUAAAGAUUUUAAAAAUCACAGAAGCACUUACAAAACACACAAAGCCAUAAAACAAUUUACGAAAUGGAAAGUGUUCAAAUUAAACCACUUAAUACCGGUAAAACUUAGAGAAGAAUGGUAAAAUUAUAUUACUUAAUUGUUGUACUUUUCCAAGACAUAUUGUUGUUUUGCUCGAAAUUAUUGACUAAUAUAAAACCAACAGAGGCUGUUCUCUUCAUUAGGGCGAAAUAGUUGAAAUUCUAAAAUUUUAGCUCAACUGUUACGUAGAAUGAACAGAGGAUUCAAUCUACAGAGUAGGUAUAUCAAUAGAAUGGACAUUGACCGAACUUUGAUUUAGUUUGGUUGUAAAUUACAUUUGUUGGGAACUUAUAAAUUAUUGUUUCAUCUCUGCAGAAGGUAUGAAUCUGUUGUAUUUUUGAAUAAUUUCUAUUUUGUACUAUAUUAGGGAAAAAUUGCAUGGGAUCAACAACUGAAAGAGAACUUUCAACAGUAUUAUCCACAAUCAAAAUAAGUAAACUGUUUAACAUAACCAAACAGAAUCAAAAUCAAAGUUCAAUUAAUCAAAAACUGUUUACACUCUGAUUUUGACUCGUUCUGGAACGGUGAUGCGUCAUCCGUCGAACAGAAAAGCUGGACAAUGGGGCCGUAUCGAGAAAACAGCUUGCUAUAAAUAAACUUUCACAGGAAAAAAAAAACAUGCUAAACUGGCAUUUUCACACAACCUAAAAAUUUACACACAUAGUUAAAUCAGCAUAAUUUGUAUAAUCAACUACGUAACAAGAUGUUUGUUUUCAAUGUCUAUCAAUAUUCUGAGAAUUAUUACCCUCACCAUACUGAAUGAAGAACAAAAACUCAAUCCUAGUCAUCACGCUAGCUAAAGCAAGGCCUUCUCCGAUCGAAUCCAUUUGUGCCAAAACAAGAGAUAAAUCACAAACAUUUCCAAUCAUUGAUGUUUCGUUAUAUUACUGAAAGUAAAACAAAAAAGAAAGUUAUCAAUGUUCUUCAAAACAGCUGCUGAACAAAACCAUUGCGGCUAAAAACUAUAUUUACACAGGCAAGGAACAAAAGCACGUGAGCAAAAUGAGCUACUGUGGAAAUAAACAUCUAAAUUGUGACACAUUCUUGAUAUAAUAAACCCUACAAGUGACGAAAAAACCAUGUAUUGAACAACAUCACAAAUACGAGUGGAAGUGGAUCGAAAGAUCUAUCUGCCCACCCCAACCAGAGGAGAGAUUCUGAACAAAAGGUGUGAGAUUAAACAUCAACUAAUUGAACGGUGUGAAAACAUUACAUAUUCCACUAUGAACACACACGCAUCCAUUAUUCGGUGUAUGUUGAUUAAAGGAAAUCAUACAAAAAUCUA